GCCUCGGCCCGAGGAUGGUCACGCUGGCCGCCACUCCGCAUUUUCGGUCCUCCUGCUGCUCUUCACCACUCCGCCUUCUGCCUUCUUAUCGUCUUCUAUCUCCCUCAAACAGACGCUCCGAUGAUGUCUGCGCCGCGUCCAAAGCCGUGGGAACAGAAAUCGUGCUGUCCGCCUGGCUCUGCUUCUGCUUCUGUCUCUACUCCGCUCUCCUCAUCACCCGCGGCCACAUCAACGCCUUCUGCUCCCGCUCCCAUGCGCUCCGACAACACAAACACAGACUCCUCCGCAUCGCCCGCUCUGCCCUCCCGUCCGGCUCAAAUGGCCUCCACCGGCUCAACCACCGCCAUCCAGCAGUCCUUACAAACGCCCUCCUCCUUCGCCUCCUCCUACUCUGGCUACGCCGGCGCCGCCAGACCCUACUCCGCCUACUCCCCUUACUCGGCUGCCUACUCUGCCUCGCCCUACUCCUCCGCAUACUCUCCUUACUCCUCUCCCUACUCCUCCCCAUACUCGCGCAUGUACGGCGCAGGCGGUAUGGGCAUGCAACCCGGCAUGCAAGGCGGUCUCGAAAACUCCACCACCGCCGCCUUCCAAAUGCUCGAGGCCGUCGUCGGCGCCAUCGGCGGCUUCGCCCAGAUGCUCGAGUCCACAUACAUGGCCACGCACUCGUCCUUCUUCGCCAUGGUUGGCGUCGCGGAGCAAAUGGCCGCUCUCCGCCGCUCAAUCAUCGGCUCCGCUUCCGUCGGCCUGCUCGCGCUCUGGCGCGUCUUUGUCCGCAUAUGGCGCAAGCUCACCGGCCAGUCCUCUCCUUCCUCCUCUUCCUCACCAACAUCGGCCUCGAAACUAUCCUUGCGCGAGUUUGAGAAAUUCCGCCUCGGAGGCGACGCUCCUGGUGCGCCGCAGCAGCCCCGUGUCUCGAUUUGGCCUUUAGUCGUCUUCCUCGGUGCCGUCUUUGGCGGACCCUACCUGAUGUCCAAGUUCAUAAAAUCGAUCGCGGCAAGCAGGCAAGAAAACGACAUGCAGUUCACUGCCGCCGACGGCUCGCUGCUUGACUCGGCCUCAAAUAUCUCGCCCGAAGAGCUCGCAGCGCAGCAGGCCGCCGCGGCUGCAUCCUCCGCUGCCGCGGGCGUGGGCGGGGUGUUGAACGGUGAAGAUCUCAUUAUCGAUCCGUCCAAGCUCGAAUUCUGCAGAGCAGCGUACGACUUUACCCCCGAAAACGAAGCCAUCGAGUUGGGUUUCAAGAAGGGCGAGAUUAUUGCGAUCCUGUCAAAGGCAGUCACGCCAAAGGGCGCUAUCGAUUCUGACGAGCCGACGUGGUGGCGGGGACGGUUGCGCAAUGGCAAGAUGGGUUUCUUCCCGUCGAAUUAUGUGCAGAUCAUCAAGCGGCCAUCGUCGGAGAAAAAGAAUGACGAAAACAUCAAGCCUUAGACGUGGCUGUCUUGUAUCUUUUGUUUUGCUUGAUUGAUUGUUGGAGUUUAGUUAUGAGAGCUGGGAUCCUCUCCACAAUGUUAGUAUACACGCACAUAGAAUAUUUGCUAUCAGUUUCCUGUACUAUACAUUCUAUCUUGACUUUUUAAUGGGUUUAUGAGGCGUCGGCAUCAAAUACAUGU